AUGAGAGAAUUGUACAUCAAAUCAGGUAAGGGAUUCUUGCUAGUAUACUCUGUGACCGACGAAAACUCGUUGAAGGAAUUAUUGGCGUUGAGAGAACAGGUUUUGCGUAUCAAAGAUUCUGAUAAUGUGCCAAUGGUCUUAAUUGGUAACAAAUGUGAUUUGAAUGACGACAGAGUAUUAAGUAUAGACGAUGGGAUAAAAGUGUCCCAGGACUGGGGUAAUGUGCCAUUCUAUGAAACUAGUGCCAUGUAUAAGACAAAUGUUGACGAGGCAUUCAUCGACGUUGUAAGACAAAUUAUGAGAAAAGACGCUGCUACUAGUGCAGAAAAGAAACAGCAAAAAGAAUUACAGAAGCAGAAUGACAUGACAGCCGAAGAAGCUGCCAGUAACAAUGUAGGCGUUGCUGAUACUACAAAAAGUACUUCUAAGAGCAAAAACCUGGCCAAAAAUGCCCGUUCCAACCAAGCCAAAAACGACGCUUCCAAUGCGGAAUCCAAGAACAAAUCCAAAUGCUGUGUUAUUAUGUGA